AUGAAAUUCUGCAGCAAUUGCGGCGCUACGCUGACCUUCACCAUCCCGCCUGGCGACAACCGCGAACGGCAUGUCUGUAACGACUGCGACACCAUUCACUAUGUUAAUCCGCGCAUCAUCACGGGUUGUUUACCGGUCUGGGACGACCGGGUUCUGCUGUGCCUGCGGGCAAUUGACCCGCGCAAAGGUUACUGGACCCUGCCUGCAGGAUUUUUAGAAAACGGGGAAACCAUUGCCGCCGGUGCAGCCCGCGAAACCGAAGAGGAAGCCAAUGCCCGCGUCGCCGACUUAGAGCUUUAUACGGUUUUCAGCCUGCCUCACAUAUCCCAGGCCUAUAUGUUCUAUCGGGCGCAGUUGAGCGACCUGGAUUUCAGCAGCGGUGAAGAAAGCCUUGAUGUGCGCCUGUUCAAAGAGCAUGAAAUUCCCUGGGACAAUCUGGCCUUUCCCGUCAUCACCAAGUCUCUGCAGUACUACUUUGAAGAUCGGAAGAGCGGACAAUUUCAAAUUCGCUCAGAAGCGAUGGAAUUCAAACGACGCUAG